CACCUCAUCCGCUUAGCACUACUUUGUUAUCGGCUAAGCAUGCUUAGGCACGAAUUAAUCCUGCGCAGUCAAGGCCCAAGUCUAAAACAAUAUUAACAUGGAGACUUGGUGGACUGUUGCGGCUUGAAGUCUUCUGAAAUCUCCAAGCUAUCCACAUUUUCUAUUAGCUAUAAAAACACCCUGAUCAUCCGGCAAUGACAAUGGUGUGGAAUUUCACCUUCGCCUUCCUGUUCAUCUUCUCUUCGUCCAAUCGUCCUCCCCAACUUGCGCCAUGAACGGGAAGCAGAGCCUACGCCAUGGCCGAACAGCGUACCACUUCCAGCCUGCCAAGAACUGGAUGAACGAUCCAAAUGGGCCUUUGUACCACAAGGGCAUGUACCACCUGUUCUUCCAGUACAACCCGCACGGCCCACUGUUCGGCACCGGUAAGCUCUCCUGGGGCCACUCCGUCUCCGGCGACCUCGUGAACUGGGCCUUCCUGGGCACAGCGCUGGACCCGACGUCGCCGUUCGACGCCGAGGGCUGCUGGUCGGGUUCCACCACCACGCUCGCCGAUGGCCGCCCGGCCAUCCUCUACACCGGGCGCGACGCCAACGACGUGCAGGUGCAGAACGUGGCGUUCCCCAAGAACCCGUCGGACCCGCUCCUCCGGGAGUGGCACAAGCCCAGCUGCAACCCGGUCGUCCCGCAGCCCGCCGACGUGACGCGCAACAACUUCCGGGACCCCACCACGGCGUGGCUGGGCCGCGACGGGCUCUGGCGGUUCGCCGUCGUGGCCGAGGUCGGCGGCGUCGGCUCCACCGUGGUGUACCGCAGCGCGGACUUCGUCCACUGGGAGCGGAACGCCGCGCCGCUGCACGCGUCCCCCGACGUGCCUGUCUGGGAGUGCCCCGACCUGUUCCCGGUGGCAGAGCGCGGCACGGAGGGGCUCGACACGUCGGUGAGCGCCGGGCCCGGGGUGAGGCACGUCCUCAAGCUCAGCAAGGCCGCCGACGAGGACUACUACGUGGUCGGCCGGUACGACGAUGAGACCGACACGUUCGCGCCGGUGGACGACGGCGACCACGACGUCCGGAACUGGCGCCGGAUCGACCACGGCCACCUGUUCGGGGCCAAGACGUUCUUCGACGCGCGGAAGAAGCGGCGCGUGCUGUGGGCGUGGGUGGACGAGACGGACAGCCGCUCCGACGACGUCGGCAAGGACUGGACGGGCAUCCAGACGUUCCCGAGGGCGCUGUGGCUGGACGCCGACGGGAAGCAGCUGGUGCAGUGGCCGGUGGAGGAGAUCGAGACGCUGCGGAGGGAGCGAGUCGCGCUGGUUGGGGCGGAGAUCGGCUCCGGCGGCCUUCACGAGAUCGCCGGCGUCGAUGCCCUGCAGGCGGACGUGGAGGUCGUGUUCGACCUCCCGAGCCUGGAGGACGCCGAGGAGCUGGACCCCAAGUGGCUGCAAGAUCCCCAGAAGCUGUGUGUGUAUGCGGAGAAGAAGGACGCUUCCUCACCGGGCCCUGGCGGCGUCGGGCCGUUCGGGCUCGUCGUGAUGGCGUCCGGCGACAUGCGGGAGCAGACCACCGUGUUCUUCAGGGUGUUCAGGCACGGUGGCACGUACAAGGUCCUCAUGUGCGCCGACCUGACAAGGUCAUCGACAAAAGAGGGGGUGCACAAGCCAGUCUACGCAGGAUUUGUUGACGUGGACGUGGAGAAGGACAGGAGCAUAUCGCUAAGAACACUGAUUGACCACUCUGUCAUCGAGAGCUUCGGAGGCGGGGGCCGGACGUGCAUCACGGCCCGAGUGUACCCUGAGCACGUGGUAGCAGGAGGCAGUAGCCACCUGUACCUGUUCAACAACGGAGCUCACCCAGUGACUGUGUCCAAGCUGGAGGCCUGGGAGCUAGGGACGGCAAGCGUCAACGUUGAAGAAGACUACCGUGUGGGCACACUGUAAUCGCCCGUGGUUGUUCCAGUCCUCUCGGAUGACGCUGGAUAGAUAUAUAGGGGCAACCGUAAGGUUGAGCGAAGUGCAUGCAUGUCAAAAUAAAGCUUGGAUGUAUAUCGUCCGUCCCAUUGUCGUUGUUCAUCGUACGCCGUAUGGAUGGAUUAUGACCUACUAUAUAACAAGCCCAUUUGUGAUCUCAUGUGUUGAAUAAUGUAGCUUUGGCAAAGUAUAUUAUAUUA